AUGACCGUCUCCAGGUGGAGCACCCCAGCACAAUGCCAGAGCUGGGAAAUGUGGGACGGCCAGGAAUGCAUCUGUGCCCCGGGCUUCUUCGGUGAAGAGUGCCAGUCCCUCAGCUACUCCUUCCCCUUAGAUGUCCCCAACGUCAUCAACGCUACUGUGACCGUGAUUGUGAAAGUGAUUCAUAGAAACUUCACUCCAGACCUGAAUAACGUCUCCUCCCAGACGUACCAGGAUUUCACCAAAGAGUUCAAGCAGAGGAUGGAUCAGGUUUACGGGGGCGACGACCUUACUGCCUAUCGGGAAGUGAUCAUCCGGAACCUGCUCAACGGCAGCAUCGUGGUGGACAACGACGUGGUCCUGGAGGUGAACUACACCCCCGAGUAUCAGCAGGUGUUCAGCAACCUCUCCAAGAUAGUGAGGUCCAAGAUCAUGAACGAAACCAGCGUGGUUGCGAAUGAUAUCCCUAAGUGCCAAGACUCCAUCUUGUGCUACAACGGGGAAGCCACCAGAGUGAACGACACGGUGAAGCUUGGCGUUAACUUCCAGGAGCAAUGCACCCAGAGGGCUGCGAAGGACUUCGCCAAGUACUACUAUGUGGAUGAGGUGGACGGGAAGCUGGCCUGUGUGACCCGCUGCACCCCGGGGACCAAGUCGCAACUCAACUGCAACCUGGGCCAGUGCCGGCUGCAGCGCAGCGGGCCCCGCUGUCUGUGCCCCAACACGGACACGCACUGGUACUGGGGAGAGACCUGCGAGCACAGCACCAACAAGAGCCUCGUGUAUGGCAUUGUGGGCGGCGUGCUGGCCGUGCUGCUGCUGCUGGUGAUCGUCUUGAUCAUCUUCCUUGGCCGAUCGCAGCGGAAACUGCACAGGCAAGAGUACGACGUGUCUCAAGAGUGGCAGAAGGAAGGCAUCCCCGGCACGUUCCAGAAUAUGGGCUUCUGGGAAGACAAGAAUCUGCAGGGGGACAGAUACGGCCGCGAGAACGUCUACAGCCACUUCCGGCCCUCCCUGGGGAGUCUCCACAUUCAGAGGCCUGAGGUGGUGACAGGGGUCCCCUGA